CGCGUGUACUGACUGAUGUUAUUUUCACCGAUUUCGUCUCUCUCUCUCUCUCUCUCUCUGCGCAAAAAGCUUCUCGCCGGCCUCAAUCCAGAAGAAAGAGACCGGUUUCCAGAAAUUGAAUCUUCUUUGAACCUCUGAAACCUCAAAAUUCAAAAUAUUUCUAGGAUUUUAAAAAGCUCCAAGCUUUUUCUUGAGUUUGUUGGGUUUCAGCAAAUUGAAGGACGCUUUUCAUCCCUUUUCUUUAUUUCUACUUUGCUGGCAACGUAACUGAGAGUUAUUGGGAUCUGACGCGUCCAGAUAUUUCUCUCUGAUCUACGAUUUUUUAUUGUUUGCGCGCAUUAAUGAGCUCCCACUUUCCGAUUAAUUACCCUAGAAUGGAAAAGCAAUGGAAUAAAGCUUAUAAGUUCUUCCAUUAGGUAGGAGAUAGGAAACUUGUCUUUACUCUGUUCAUGACAUGGAACACAACCACAAGCUCAGAGUUGUUGUGAGCGUAGUCUGUGCAACAUUAACAUUGCUGGUCGUCCUCUUAUCUUUGUUCUACCUCUGGCGCAAGAGAUGGAUGCGACGCUCAUCUGCAGAGAUGGAGGACCUCGAGUGCAAGGAAGAACAUAUAGUCGAAACAGAGGACUUGCUUACUUUUCCGGGUGGUGAGAGUCUCACCAUUCAUGAUAUCUUGGAUGCUCCGGGAGAAGUUGUCGGAAAAUCAAAUUACGGGACACUAUACAAGGCUAGUUUACAGAGGCAUGAGUCAGUGAGGUUGCUUCGGUUUCUCAGACCGGCGUGCACGGGAAGGAUGAAGGAGAUUAUUGAUGCAAUUCAGAUGCUGGGGUAUGUCAGGCAUCCCAAUUUGGUACCUCUUCAGGCCUUCUAUGCGGGGCCGAGAGGAGAGAAGCUUCUUGUCCAUCCCUUCUUAAGCCGAGGUACUCUGGCUCAGUUCAUUCAAGAUGGAGACAGUGAGUCACACAAAUGGGGUAUCAUUUACAGGAUCUUCGUUGGUAUUGCCAGAGGACUAGAUCAUCUUCAUUUUGGAUUGCAGAAACCCAUUAUUCAUGGAAAUCUUAAAUCAAAGAAUAUUUUGCUAGAUGGAAGUUACCAAUCCUAUGUGUCAGAUUUUGGCCUACAUUUCCUCUUGAAUCCAACUGCAGGUCAGGAAAUGCUUGAAGCUUCUGCCAUUCAGGGAUAUAAAGCCCCUGAGUUGAUCAAGAUGAAGGAUGCAAGCAAAGAGAGUGAUAUAUACAGUCUUGGGGUCAUCUUACUUGAGUUACUUACCAGGAAGGGGCCCAUUAUCACCAACUCAUCACCCACUCAGGAUCUAUAUCUGCCAAACUCUAUGAGAAAUGCAAUUCUUGAUCAAAAGUUCUCAGACAUAUUUCAUCCCAGCUUACUUCUUAAUGAAGGCAGUGAUCAAAAGUCAAUCAUGGAAGAGCGCAUCCUCAUGUUCUUUCAGUUAGCAAUGGCUUGUUGUUCUCCUUCCCCAUCUUUGAGACCGGAUAUAAAACAAGUGCUUAUAAAGCUCGAAGAAAUUGGAAGAUAGAAGUCCUUGGAUUUUUCAGACUACUGUUGGGAACUUGAUUUGAUGGUGGCCAACAUGGGGAUGUCUUGAAGCGGCCAAACACUUACAUUUCAAUAAUCUAUUAUUGAUAGUGUUUGUGGCCACCAAAAUGAUGAUGACAAUUGUGAUGGUGAUGAUCUUAAUUUAAGGGCAAUGAAAGAGUGUUCCUCUUGAACCAAAGUUGAAAAUUUCAGCCAUCUGGGCAGGAUGAUAGAGUCGGUGAUUGGAUGUGUUGUGUUUAGAGUUUUUGUUCAUUUGCAAGUUAAGAAAAGAAAGAAAUACUGAAUUUGAUGGGCCCCAGCUUGGAUACUGUUGAUAAACUCAUUGACAAAUAUAGUUCUACAAGAUGGUGGAAGAACCCAUUAUAGAUAGCAAAGGAUUGGAUUUCUUUAAGCACUCAAGAAAUGGACCUUCAAUGGAGAAUUGACCAUAGUUACUUCAAGAAUGGAGUAGAGUUUGAAUUACAUUUGGAGGUUAGCUAGUCAAACCAACGGCAAGUAGGAUCAGGCUUUUCCGAAUUCUUUUUACCAUGAAUAUCUGGAAAAUAUGUGGAGAACAAAGUUCCUCUUGAUGACACUACUUGAUCAUUUCUCCUAUCUCUUACUCAAAUGCAGUUCCAUCUAUCGUUUCUUUUAUUAUCAUCCAAGCUUGUACUACAAGGAAUUUGUUCAGGGAUAAGUGUGUCUUUGUUUCCAUCAUGAGAGGUUGGUGAUCAGAUUCCUUUAAACCAAAAGCAGUUUUGUCUUGGGUGGCUAAACCAUUCUUCAAUGGCUACUGGAGACAGAGCAUCAGCACAGGAAAAGACGGUUCUAAGGUCAUUUUCAUAGUGGUCUGUAAUAAAAAAUUAUCUUCCAUCUUUGUCCACAUCAGUCCAUACAAAACUUGAUACACUGUAAUCUAUUUUAUGUAAUUGCAGAUGGGAUAUUUAAAUUAUUUCCUCUUUUAUCCCGGCUGCCCCCUUCCACCCUCUCAAUAUAUAAAAACAGAGCCUCCACAUGCCUUUUCAAUGAAUCUGCUAAGUAAUUUAUUCC